AUGGGUAACGUAAUGUCGGCUAGUUUUGCACCUGAAUGCACUGAAUUAAAGAAAAAAUACGACGACUGCUUUAACGAAUGGUAUAGUGAGAAAUUCCUCAAGGGUAAAUCCGUUGAAAACGAAUGUUCUGAACAGUGGUACAGCUAUACAGCCUGUGUUGAUGCCCAUCUCAUUAAGCAGGGCAUAAAGCCUGCCCUCGAUGAGGCUCGUAAGGAAGCGCCCUUCGAGGAAGGAGGUGCCAUUAAGGAUGAGGAUUAG